AUGCGGCAUCUGAAGCGCGGCGGCGGCGGCGCCGACCCCCGCGACGCGGCGGUGCUCGACUUCGUGGGGCUUGGGGAGUUCGCGCAGCUCUACCUCCCCGACCACCCGCCCGACGAGCUUGGGCUCUCCGCCGCCUACGACGACGCUUCAGGCCGCAUUAUGGUAUCCGUCUGCGGCGGCGCUGUCUCCGCCUCCCCCGCCGACCUCGCGGGCGCCCUCAGGCUGCCGAUGGGCAAGGUUGGCCUCCCCGCAGGGUUGGACGCGGCCGUGUUCUCCACGGCGGAGGCGAUCGGAGCCGUGAAGGGGAUUGUCUGCGAUCGCGUGCUGCUGGGAUGGGGAGGGAGCGGCGUUGCUGUGUCGAUGGAGGUCGCUGCCGCGCUGCGGUUGGUGGAGGAAGGCAAGGCAUACGAGGUGGACUGGGGCGGCUUGGUUUGGGCAGUAGUGCAAGGGGAGGUGGUAGCUGGGACGCCAUGGCGGUACGCGCCGUACCUCCUCCAUCUGAUGGUGUGCCAAAGGCCGGAGCUUUUCGCGGAGAGCUUACCGCUUGGGAAGCGGUUCAAAGAUCAGUCAAAACAUAAGUUUUUUUCCUCAACAGCAGGAGGUGGGGGAAAUUGCAGUUACCAAACUAUUUCGCAUUUCCAAGCCCUCAUGCAACAAAUCCAAGGUUAUGUGUCUGGCAUGAACAAUAAAUACCUGGAUAAAGAACAGACUUGCAGGGACAUUCAACAUGAGGUGGAGUGCAUUAAGGAUAUGGUGAAUGAAAAAGAUAAACAAAUUGAAGCUACUGUCAAUGGUAUACAACAGGAGCUUUUAGCGAGGAGAGUUGUAAUGCGAAAAUUCGAAGUGGACAAGGAUCAGUUGUGCCGCAGUGUUCAACAUUACCGUAAGUUACUUAAGAAGUCUUUAGCCAAAUUUCAGGAGCAUAGGAAUAUGGUAACACGUGGGGAAGGUGUUGACUCGUAUUUGAAGGAUCUUGGUAUAACUGGUGGGCAGAAUCUCACUUGGAUGCGCCAAAUGUGUUCUCAGCGCCAGAUGUUUGAAAUAUGUGAUUCAAAUUCUUCGAAGCUUCUCAAGGAGUUUACAGAAAUGGAGAGGAGCAUUGCAAGCCUCAAUCAUGAAGUGGAAAGGCUAAAGAAUUGUAGAUCAAUUCCGGACCUCAACAAUGGCAAGCCUCAAACAUGA